AUGUCGCUCCCGAAGACGUACAAGCGCGCCGUCUUCCCGGGCAUGGGUCAGCCGCUGGUCAUCGAGGAAGCGCCACUAAGGACGCCCACCUCGAAUGAGCUGCUGGUCAAAGUCGAGGCCUGCGGCGUGUGCCACUCGGACAUGUACUCGCAGUACAACGCCCUGGGAGCUGGCUUCCCCAUUGUGCCCGGCCACGAGAUCAUCGGCAAGGUGGCUGCCGUCGGCGACGCUGUGACCGAUUGGAAGGUCGGUGACCGCGUGGGCGGCGGCUGGCACGGCGGCCAUGACGGCACCUGCAAUGCCUGCAAGCAAGGCUGGUUCAACAUGUGCGACCGCCAGGCCGUCAACGGCGCAACCAUGGACGGCGGCUAUGCCGAGUACACUUAUCUUCAUGCCGAGGCUGGCGUGCGCAUCCCCGCCGACGUCGACGCGGCCAAGUACGCGCCACUUCUCUGCGCCGGCAUCACCGUCUUCAACUCGAUGCGCGCCCAGAAAGUCACGCCGGGCGAGACCGUCGCGAUCCAGGGCCUUGGCGGGCUCGGCCACUUGGCCAUUCAAUAUGCCAAGUUCAUGGGCUACCGCGUAGUCGCCGUAUCGCGCGGCGCCGAUAAAGAGAAGGCGGCGCGCGCGCUGGGCGCACACGAGUAUGUCGACUCCAGCGCCGGGGACCCGGGCGAGCAGCUCAAGGCCCUCGGAGGGGUUGCGCUCAUCGUGUCGACUGCCGCGACUAGCGAGGCCAUGACGCCUCUGCUGAAGGGCCUGGCCAUCCACGGAAAGCUUCUCGUCCUCGGCAUCCCCGAGAAGCUCGAGUUCCCGACCCUAGAGCUCUUGAGAUACGGCUGCUCGGUGCAGGUCUGGCCCAGCGGCCACCAGGGCGACUCGGAGGACACGAUUGCCUUCUCAAAGCUCCACGGCGUCGACUGCCAGAUUGAGAAGUUCCCGCUUGAAAGAGCCCAGGAAGCAUAUGAUGCCAUGAUGAGUGGAACGGUUCGCUUCAGGUCGGUCAUCACCAUGGAGUGA